AUGCCCAAGCCAAUCAUCGGCGCACUGGCUGAGGUCACCAGCCACAAGGCCGUGCGCUGGGAUUCGCUUGCGGCUUCCCUACAACGUCAUGCCGUGGGGGAGGGAGCCACUAAUAUUAACUGGUGCCGUUUCUGGAGAAAGAAUUCGUUGGGGAGGAGGAAAACAUUCACAUGGCUUGCUAAGUAG